AGUAAGACAGGCUUGAGUAGUGUCUGGCCAGGAACUGUUGAAGAUUCCCAGGUUGUCGAGGAAUUAGAUAGCAAGCAGGUUGCUAAAGGUUGGUCAUUGUUGUAUGGUGAACGUGGAUUUCGUUCCAUAUAUGUAAUGGGAAAGAUGAGAAUGCGUUUAGAGGAUGUG